AUGGCCGGCUCCGCAAGCGGUCAUCAUGAGAGCGAGGAGGCGUCUCAGCCUCAAUCGACCGGAGGACGCAUAUGGGCGAAAGCAGUCAAGAUUUUCAAGUUUGUGCUUGCGCAGUGGCUUGCCAUCGGGUUCGGUCUGAGCUGCGUGUUCGCGUAUUUGUUCCCCAGAAUGGGGGACCGAAAAGAUGUCGCGGCCAGAGGCGGUCCCAUCAGGUCCGAAUACUCCAUCAUUUACGGCGGCAUUGCCAUCAUUUUCCUAGUCAGCGGCCUGCAGCUCUCUCACGCGAAGCUGCGGCAGAAUCUUACCAACUGGAGACUGCACAUAAUCGUUCAGGGCACUAGUUUCAUCAUCAUACCCGUGAUACUCCUAAUAAUAAUUCACAUCAUAAUCGCCGCAGGCGGCCUCCGCAAUGGAAUCCUCUCGACGCCCAUCAUAGUAGGCAUGGUGGUCGCAUCCUGCCUGCCCACCACCAUUGCCUCCAAUGUGGUAAUGACCCGUGCCUCGGGCGGCGACGACGCGGCAGCCAUCAUCGAAGUCGUCAUCGGCAACGUCCUGGGGUCCUUCAUUUCGCCCGGUCUGAUCUACGGCUUCAUACCCAAGACGGAAGAGUUUGCGGAAUGGCAGCCUGCGAACCCGAGCACCCUCGGCUCCAUGUACGGCAGCGUCUUGAAGCAGCUGGGGCUGAGUGUGCUGCUGCCGCUGGCCGUCGGACAGGUUCUGAGGUGGUUCUUUGAGAAACAGGUCGACUGGGCACUGAGGACGUUCUAUCUCGCCAAGGUGUCGACUUUCUGUUUGAUUUUGCUCGUUUGGACGACCUUCUCCGCCGCCUUCAAGACAGGGGCACUCUACCAGACCCCUCACGCCUCCAUAAUCUUCAACGUCUUCAUGAACGUCGGGCUCUACAUGCUCUUCACCGUCAUCUGUUUCUUCGCCGCCCGCCCUCCCCUGCCGUUCUGCGACACGGUGAACGCGCACGUCGCCGACUCCAAGGCCCUCCGCCGCUCGCCCUCGCUCCUGAGGCGGAUCGUGACGGCGAGGCAGUUGUCCCGGGAACAGACCAUCGCCGUGUGCUUCUGCGGCGCCGCCAAGACGACGUCGUUGGGCAUCCCGCUCGCGACGGCCAUGUGGACGCAGUCCGACGACCUCACGCGCGCUCUGAUCCAGAUCCCCGUGCUCUUGUACACCAUCGAGCAGGUUUUCAUGGCGCAGAUUUUGGUUUAUUUUUUCAAGUGGUACUUGAGGAGAGGAGACAAGGCGGACACGUCUACGAUGGAGGAUGAGGAGGCCGGCGUAGCUGGUGAUGAAAGGAAUACGGGAGGCGAGGGGGAGACGAGGGACAGGGACGGUGAAGGGGACGGGGAGAAGGCUGGAGAUCGAGGCGGGAGAGACACCGUUUCACCUGUCAAGGCAAUGCCGUGA